AUGGGAGACGUCGGAAUCGUGGUGGACCCCGCAAUCGAUCCAACAUCACCUCCAACAUCGCAAGAAAUAAACGUCCUCGUGACGGGUUUCGGACCAUUCAGAAGCUUUGACGUCAAUGCCUCGUUCCUGAUAGCUCAGUCUCUCCCAUCAUCAUUUACCCUACCACCAAAAGAAAAUGAAACAAUCAGCGGAACGGCAAUCCCAUCUCCGCGACAAGUACGCAUACAUGUCCACCCGGAGCCCAUCAAAGUCUCCUACGCCACCAUCCGCGCGCAACUACCCGUCAUCCUAGAUGACUACUCUCGCCAACACAACGGCAUCCGGCCCGAUUUGAUUGUGCAUAUGGGCAUUGCCUCUACGCGACACUAUUAUUCCGUAGAGACGCAGGCACAUCGCGAUAAUUAUCGAAUACCGGAUGUAGAUGGACGGACGGGGUACCAGGAUGGCGAGAAGAUAUGGAGAGGGAAAGGGUAUCCGCCUAUUCUGAUGCCUGGUCCUGCCGAUGGAUCUGAUGGUGGCGUCCGUGAUGAGGAUGUUCGAACAUCAGGAUUGAAACUGGUCCCGUACCCAGCCAACGAGCAUUUUUUGCAAGUUUGGAAAUCACUGGCGCCAGCGGAUACGGACCUGCGUACUUCUAAUGAUGCGGGUCAUUAUGCGUGCGACUUCAUAUUCUACACGAGUCUUGCGCAGGCUCUCGAGGAAGGCCGCGAUCGAUCGAUAGUGUUUUAUCACGUGCCCGUCACCACGGAUCCGGCGAGUAUAGAGUUGGGGACCAAGGUCGCCGUUGCUUUGAUCAAGUCUAUGAUUAAGUGUUGGGUGGAUGGUGAAUAA